AGAAGAUUUGCGAGUGAGAGAGAGAAGAGCGUGGGAAAAGCUGGAAAGUCGAGAAGCGAUGGUCAAAGAUGUGCUUUUCAUUUGAUACACCCUAAUUUCAAAGACAAAAUAUUUCACAUGUUUUUCUCUUACUCUCCUCAGACGAAAUAAGGUUGGCGUGGUUGCUCGAAACAGAAAUCACGGGAACUGCAGGACAAAAUAUUACUCGCACUGACGAUCAGUCAGAGAAACACAUUUAUGAUCAAUUCGCUCGGUAACGGUAGAAGUUGUUAGUAGAAGCAUCAAGAAGUUUAGAGAUGGAUAGAAGCCUCGUUCUUCAACUUCCAACAAUAUGUUGUUGAAAAGUUGAUGACGAUGAGUUUGGCUGUCACAACGACCACUACGUAGGAGGACCGACACUCACUCUGCCGAAGACGACGAGAGCAAGGGCAACAUGGCUUCUGCUGGUAUCGCGACAACAGCUGUACAGGUGGAUGGCGAUUCGCUUCGAGCGAUCGAGGAUGAGUUAGAGGAUGGGGAGUUUUACUACAUGCGGAGCAGCAAAAGUAUGAACAUAGUUGUCACUCGGACUAGCAAUAUUCAUAAUUUGUAGCUACCUGUUGUUGUUAAAGUGUGGUAGGCCUUUCUUUCAUCAUGGUCAACAUUGAUUCCGGACUCACCUCAUGUGCCCUUGUUGUAGUAGUACGAUAUCAUCAUCUACUCAUGAAGCAACGAACCGUCAUUCCCCUCGCGUCCUCUGGUUGUUCACCUCAAGCCUGUAUAUAAUGCCUUUUUCUUCAUUGAGAGCAUUCGGAUCAAUUUCGAUCCGGCCGCGGUGGAUCAGUUGGCGGAAGAGGUUCUCAAGUCGGGCUUCGCGCCGCUCGUCCUUGCGUUCACGAGUUUUUUCUUUAUGCCUGAUUCUUCUCGAUGAUGAUGUUGAUGGUGAAACAGACAAUUUAAGAUGAAGCAAGAGCAGGAGGUACCAGGAGAAAGAAGUGUUAAAACGCUUUUCACCUACUUAUGAUGGUGAUGGUAAUGGAUGUGGAUUAGCAUUAAUCAAAGUAUGCCUCUUCUUCAUUCCUCGAGGCUCUUACCUAUGAAUUUCCUGAGAUAUCAAUAUCCUGAGAUUUUCAUACUAUUUCUUGGAACGAGCUUAUUGCGGCCUCAUCUGGAUUACGUGGCGUGGGCUUUGGCCGUGGGAUCUGUCGCAGGAUUCGUUGCGGUGCCAGCUUUACGAGUGCAAAAAGCCAAGGGGCUCAAGCGUUGCAAGGCGCACGAGUGGAAGCCGACGACAUUCCUUUACUACUGGCUAGCUAUCUCCGCGGCCUUUGGGAUCGUUAGUAUUUUUGCGAUAUUUGGAAUUUUUUUGAUAGAAGGAAAUGACACUGAACAGUGAAUAUCAUACAUAUCGAUAUCCAACAGGUUCGCUUACAACUUUCUACGGCAUGCUUGCAGGGAACAACUAGCACAAACCCCCUCUCAUAUCUUUUCUGAUCUGAUGCAGGUGUGCUGUGGGCAACAAAUUUGUUAAGGCAGACUCUCCGCGAUCCCUCACCAGGACUCGACUUGUGGUAUGUGAGAUUUUGUUGAUUGUGCUUUUUGCACUAUUUUUUAGUAGUCGUGGCGUGCAUUGUUGCAAGAAUUGGUGAGUGUGAGGAGAUCGCGUGCUGCAGUUUCUUUCAUAUUUCUACAACGUCUACGUGUAUCCGUAUCAACACUACCUGGACAUUAUGAGACAAUGAAUUGAGAGCUUUUAAAAUCGUUGCAACUUCUUAAUCUUAUUUUCUACUCAUGCUAGGCCUAGGCAGAUUGCGCAAUCUCCCGCUAGACACAUUCAGCUAUUUGUGUUGACUCACUCAUGUUGCUGCUGCUGCUCAACAGCGAAUUGGGCAGUAGGUACCAGCCAUACACACAAGAAGAGGUUCCAGCAUGGGGAAGCCUAAACUUUUGAGACUCUCAUGGACAUGAAGUGGAUGGAGCACCCGAUCAACCCGCUACUGCAGCCGGCGGAUGAGUUCGAAGAUGCUGGGGUUGUUGCAUUCUUUAUGAAGAUUGAGCAUGCACACGACGCACUACAACUUCUAAUAUUCCCAUGCAGAUGCAAUUUAGUUGUUCAAAACACUUCUACGUACUAUCGUUUCCACACGGACAAUGAUUUAGAUUUUAGUACUAAGUACUUACACUGCUCUAAAUGGGUCUCUUUCUCUACCCAGUGCUGUUACAAGUACUCCUACUGCUUAUGAAGGGACAACAUUGGGGCAUCUGCUGUUGUGACUUGCUGUUUUUACACGGGAGAUUGUUAAACAAAUUAAUUUCGAAAUAUCUAAACUCACAUCGGACUCGUAUCUGGACCGCGCUCACAGCACAUGCUACAGGGCGUCGGGAAUUUCUUACUGCUUGUUAUGAGAUAAUGACGAUGAUUUCUCUAUUUCUAGAGUGCACAAGCAGUUGUCAGUUGUGAAGAUGUGAAAUUCGAUCUAAAGUUAGACAAGGUGGAUUUGAUUUGUAGUAACCACGAGGUAUUCGGAGGGCAAUAUUAUUUUGGUGGUGAAGACUACAUUGAGAGCUUCAGUAGACUUCUACAGCUAACUUGAAACUUGGGUGCGUACGUAGUUGAUUGCAAGUAGUACGACUACUACGAAAUAAGUCUAGAGAUCAUCUCCUCACACCCUUGUCGUUUGAGUUAGUUGUCAAUGGGUAUACUAUUUGAUCUCUAGAAUUUUCGCUAUUGCUUGGUUUCAUCUGCAGGACGUAGUACAUGUUGUAGGAUUACAAUUACUCUUCAAGAAUGAUCCAUUGACACAACUCAUUGACCUAGCACUGCUCGUUUGGAACCACACGUCUUGUUCUACUCUAACUUCCGUACCGAUCGUGCAGGAUACAGCCGGCACUGGAGAUCGCAGCCGGUUACCAGAUUCACCGUCUGGUACCUAUGACUAUUUUGCUGUCGGCACGGAUUGCUGUUCUUGCCCAGGACCGGGCGAUUUUCGAUUAAGAUGCAAGUGUCGUCGCGUCCUUUGAUUUACAUUCACUAGAGUCCUGCUCACGUAAGGGGAUGGUUGAUUUGUAAAAGUUUUAUUUCUUUGAUGCUGUUUUCGGGGUUGUUUCGUCUCAUGUGGAACUUUUUUGACUAUCUAAGGUUUACCCGCUUAUUUCUUUGAUGCUGUUUACCACUCGUGAUUCCCCGCCAUUUUUCUCACCCUCUAGCUACGCUCUUGGCUACAGUCAAAACUUGCUACAGCGAUGCAGUUGGCUGUUUCAUCUUGCAGCUGGGGGUGAAAGCACCCGGUCGUACUAGAAUGUUCAUCUACUUCAGUUUGUCUAUAUGAUCUGUUGACCAAGACAGAGGAGAGUUGUUCUCUAAGUUAUUGUGGAGAUUGGAAAUAUAGCGACGGUCAGGGCGGCGUGCGUCAGCUGGACAACGAGGAAAGAGGCUUGUACUAACUAUUUAAGAUGACUGUAAGAAAUCCAUCGGGCCCAGCAUCUUGGUCCCGUUUUUCAAGCGAAAAACGGGAACGAAGAUAAGUCGCUAGAUGGAUUUGUGGUAGUUCUAAAGUAGAAAGGCUGCGCAUAUGUUUGAAAGCCUCAAAGUGUCCGAAAGUAGUGUGGCUCUGUGUGUCGUAAAAUAUACAUCAAGGCUAACCUUACUCGCCUUAGUCCUACUCUUUUUCAUCCAAGAAUAGAAAGGGCAGCCUCCCAUGUGUUCUAUUUCUAGUAGUCAGUUCGUUUCGCAAAAGAACAUGGAUAUGCUAUUAUAUUCUUAUGCUGCUUUUCGCUGAAUUCAAUUCAUUUGAUAAAUGUAUCUAUAGAAAGUAAGAACGACCACGACGUUGUUGACUCUUCCUUGGUGCAAUACCUCCAUAGCAAUAGUGAAAAAUAUGUGCUUCACCCAGCCUCUACGGUUAUCAGGAAUGACAAUGACAGCGACGGAGGCCCAUGCGUGCAUGGAUACCGUCUCUUGUUCUACUAGUCCAUAGACCUCUUUACAACUCUCCCACAGUUAUCGGCUCGCGGCAGAACAAUGGGAGGCGACAUGGGGGAAGGACAGCAGGACACCGGUUUUUUUCGAAUGGCGGCACCGUCCGUUCGCAACAAUCCGCGCGUUGCAGGAGGGUUUUCGUUAAGUUUACAUUCAUGAUCAAAGCUCGACUGUCCACCACGAUGAUGAUGAAGAUGAGUAUCGUUACUCCUGCACGCGGGUGCACAUUCGAGUAGAUCAUCAGACAUCAACUUUAAAUGAUUUCUUUGAUGAUAGAUAAUUGUCUUAUCAUCUCAGGAGACGAGAUCCUACACGGAAUUCUGUCACCUGUCACAUGAAUCUCUGUGCCAAUCACUAAGUUCCCAUUCACCGUUUUUUAUAAAUAUGCUCCCUCUAAUGUCGUUCACAACUAUUCACCGUGAGUGUGGGAUUCACAUCUGCCUUACUUUUUCUCGCGGUAGUGCAAAACCAGCUUCGAACGGUCUACUUCAUAAGGCGAGGCUUUUUUUGUAAAGUAUCCCUAGGAGGCAUUACUUCACUGAGUGGCCUCAUAUAUAGAUCCGAAAUGCUUUGAAAGAGGUCCCGGGACAUGACAUUUUUAUAAGUAUGAGGAUCCCUGCCCCCGUGUGGCGGUGACGCGAAGGCGCCGUGUCAUAUCCUAUCCCAUCCCAUUCCGCUGUAAACAGCUAAGGAGAACACCCUAAAAAAGAUUUUUGUUCUUUAAGAACGACGAGUAGUAUAGGAUGUUAUGUUACUCUCCGAGUGCAGCAGCUAGCAGAUUUGAUAGCUUGCAGAGUUCUCUGCAAAGAUACAGAAUACCUUUUGUUUUUUUAUAGAAGGACCGUCUCUUGGAUUCGAAGGCUCUUGAGAUUGUUAUGUUACGUGGAGGCCGCAUAGAGUAAUUAGAAUCAACUCGGAAUCGGAACUGCCUCUAAAUCCCGAACGGAAUGAGAAGCACUGGGCGGCCUUGGCCGACGAGGAUCUGAGUAAGACGGGGAGCUGAUGGAAUAUGACAUGGUUAAGGCACAUACACUGCUAAGAGUAACUGGGUAAUUUCUACGCUCAGAUCCUGACAGAAUAGUUAUAACGGCUGCAUGCUGGGGGCAGCUUGUAUUGUUCAGAAUCGAGUGCAUUUUUGUGUGGUGGUUUAAGUUGUCCACAAGAAGAUUUGAUAAAAACCGGAAUAAGACGUGGAACAAGUACUUAGCUUGAAUGCCGCAAAUUCGGUCUGCUCUAUCUAAUGACGUGAUGCAAUAGCAACUACGCAGGAUGACACGUCUCAUAUCCGCGGUCGGAUAUUCUUUUCGAAAGUAAGGGCUGCCGGGUUCCCAUAAUGGAUGCAAGUGGUAGUAUGAUAGUGGUAGCAUCUGCUCAACAAGAGACUUGUCAUUAGCAGAACGAAGCCACCCCUUAUCGGAAAAGACUGUUGCGACGAUCAUAAAAUGACGACAAUCCUGUCUCUUAGCAUGCUGUUGAUCACAUUGAUAGCAAAGAACAUUUUUACUGCAGGGAGGCAUGAUAUGGCUUCACUUUGGUCAAACAGCUAUCACCUGACUCCUAAGUAGGCGCGUACUUACAUCAACUGACCCAAAUGAGCUGGAGUUAGGGAUGGAAUUCCAUGACUUGAUUUGAAGUUUUUUUUCCAUUUCUAUCUCCCAU